ACUCUUGCCGAGUCCAUCGUCUGCUGCAAUGUUUACAAACUUCUUGACGGAUUUCGGGACAACACUUUCUACCUUUGGGACACACUCUAGCCACAAACACUUUCCCAGUUACACAUACUUUAUAAUCAAUAAACACUUUAUAACAAGGAAAUACUUUCCAGAGGGGGAGGCAUUCCGUAAUUAGGAGGCCCUCCCCAACUCCGAGACAUUUAACGAAGUUGAAGACUCUCUACUUCGGGGCACUUCCUAACGCUGUUGCAUCCAGCUAACAUGGACAGUGUGGGGAAUGAUGAAGCUGUCAUAGCCACUAAUGACGACGCAAGUUCUUGCAAGAGGUGUGCAGUGGCCAUGGGAUAUUGGCGAGACAGAUAUAUUAGCUAUUUCGUGAGAUCUACAGAUCGCAAGGCGCCGGAGAUUAAUCGUGGUUACUUUGCGCGGUGUGUGGCAAUCAAGCUGCUUGUUGAUAAAUUUGUGGAGGUAACCCAUGGCAACUGUCAGAUUGUGAAUAUUGGAGCAGGGUUUGAUACACUUUAUUGGAGACUGUAUGAUGAAGGAAAAAAUGUAAAGGGAUUUGUUGAACUUGAUUUCCCUGGAGUCACAUCACGGAAGUGCCUGUACAUUCAGAGAACAAAACCUCUACUGCAGGCCAUUAGUGAAGAAGAUUAUGAUGUCAAGCUCAAUAGGAACAACCUUCAUGCGCACACCUACAAGCUGACAGGAGUCGAUCUCAGAAACAUCACAGAGGUGGAAGCCAAGAUUAAGGAAUCAGACUUGGACUACUCACUCCCUACCCUCUUCUUGGCUGAGUGUGUCCUGGUGUACAUGAACACCAGCAAGUCUUCACAGCUCUUACAGUGGAUUGCAGAAAAGUUUAAGUCUGCUUCUUUGUAAAUUAUGAAA